AUGGUGUCUGGAUACAAGGAGGCCAAGGCCACUGCAGACAAGCUGGAGAAGCAGAUUGAAGAGCUUCAAAAGCAACUGGCAGAGUGUAGGGAGGUGCAUAACAAGCUUGGGGCUGGACUGAGCUCCAAGACUAAGGCCACCUUCCUCGUGCAGAGCAUGGUUGCAGCUUCUAGGCCAACCCUUGGAGAUUGCAGAGGCUUCAAUUCAUCAGGGGGUGCUGCUUCAAAAAGAACUUUCCAUUAA